AGAAAUCAAAUCGACUUACAUAACCUUGUAAAAUAAUAUUGGAUAUUGGAACCUGUGUUAACUGAACUACCUACGGUUCCACAUGUAGAUAAUUUAGGGGUUAAAAGAGAGCUUGAGGAUGCUAGAGACGUACUCAUGUUAUACAGACUUUUCAGGAAACAGUAAGACUGCAAUAAAUAAAAGAUACAAACAGCCAACGCUUGUUUGACUGUUUGUUUGUUUUAAUGUCCUAAAAGGAAGUAACCUAAACUUAUCAGUAUAUAUUCAGAUCAAUCGACAUAGGAGACCAUAUUUGAAAUCUAGCAGCCUUUGUUUACUAUUGGAGAUGCAGAUAUUUGUCAAGACAUUAACAGGAAAGACUAUUACUUUGGAGGUUGAGCCUAGUGAUACGAUCGAGAAUGUGAAGGCGAAGAUCCAAGACAAGGAAGGUAUUCCUCCAGACCAACAACGUUUGAUUUUCGCUGGUAAACAGUUGGAAGAUGGUCGUACUCUGUCCGAUUACAACAUCCAGAAAGAGUCAACAUUGCAUCUGGUUCUCCGUCUGCGUGGUGGUAUGCAGAUCUUCGUGAAGACAUUGACUGGUAAGACGAUCACGUUGGAGGUUGAGCCUAGUGAUACGAUCGAGAAUGUGAAGGCGAAGAUCCAAGACAAGGAAGGUAUUCCUCCAGACCAACAACGUUUGAUUUUUGCUGGUAAGCAGUUGGAAGAUGGUCGUACUCUGUCCGAUUACAACAUCCAGAAAGAGUCAACAUUGCAUCUGGUUCUCCGUCUGCGUGGUGGUAUGCAGAUCUUCGUGAAGACAUUGACUGGUAAGACGAUCACGUUGGAGGUGGAGCCUAGUGAUACGAUCGAGAAUGUGAAGGCGAAGAUCCAAGACAAGGAAGGUAUUCCUCCAGACCAACAACGUUUGAUUUUUGCUGGUAAGCAGUUGGAAGAUGGUCGUACUCUGUCCGAUUACAACAUCCAGAAAGAGUCAACAUUGCAUCUGGUGCUUCGUCUCCGAGGUGGUCAGUAAUCCUAAUGGAUCUUUAUGUUUGAUUUAAUUACAAUGUGUUCUGCAU